AUGAAAAGAGCCUCCUGGCUUCGACGUCGCUUCCAGCUCGUCAAAGGCCGUUUCGAAAACAUGUUCAAGCGUCGCGAUUCUGCCGUCGUGCUCGACGAUGCCGUCGAUGCCGUGGCCGCGGUAGCACAGCACCGCGCCGAGACCGAAGCCAAACUCGAGGGCAAGAUUGAGCCUCUCGUUCCCUCAUCGUCGGCCGCAAGAAAUGGACCGCCGCUGAGUCGGCGGCGGCGCGCGAGUGCUGCGUGCGACAGCAAUGCGUCGGCCAGAGACUCGUUGCGGGACUCACGGUUGUCAUUUGUGGGACAGCAGUUUGCCAUAUCCGCCGUGACGGCGGGGUGCGGCCAGGGGCUGGGCUGGAGCGCACCGCAGCAGCAGGCAGACAUUGCGGCGGCCUCGGCGGCGGCGCACGAAGGGGGGUUCCACCAAGACGGCGGCGAGAGCAACGGGCGGCCCGUCUUUCCCAGGUCGACCAAGUGGCGGAGUCGGUUCCGGUACAGCAUGCUCGACCCGUCCAUGGGCCUCGGCGAGGCGGCCGCCUCGCACCACCACGACGACGAUGCCGCCUUUUCCGAGCAGGCAAACUAUAUCCGCGUCAUUAUGGAGUCGGGCAACUUUGACCUGCAACAACUCAGUCUACAUGGGGCAUCCAUCGACGACCCCAACUUUCAGACGGCACUCCAUGCCGCCCUGGAAAGCUUCCCGCCCGGCAUGGCAGCUCAAAUCAUCGAGGCUGCCGAACUAUACCACGACCCCGAGGAUGAGCUCGAGCGGCCCGUAUCUUCGCUAAAGAAGUCAAGAUUCAGCAUCGCCGUCGCCAGCAAGACGGCCUGGCAGGAUAUCCGCCGGGCAAGCAACCGUUGGUCGCGGGUGAGUCCACGACGAGAUUCGGAUAUUAAGAUGUAUCGGUACACCAAGCCGAGACUUAGCAGGCGCGUCUGGUCUCGCCUGUCCUUCUCUGGCAAACAGACGGGAGGUUAUGAGGCUUAUUGA